AUGACUUAAUAAAUGUUAUAAUUUCCAUCAAAGAAUGCUCUUAAAAGAAUGAAUGCAAUUGGAUACGUUGUUCUUUUAUAACUUAUAGAUAUUAAUUUUAAUUUCUUAAAAUCACUAAAUUAGUUUUCUUGUAGGAAAUCAUAAUUUCAUUAUAAUUUUACUUCUUCAACAAUUUACUAAUCGUAUCUAAUUUUUUAAAGACACUCUAUGUCGACAUCCAUCGAUUUUCAUUUCUAUUUCACUGUGAUUAUCUAUUGUGAAUUAAUUUAAUUAUUAUUUUCAUGA